GUCCCCCUCCCAGAAAGAAUAGACUUUCCGCCAUUGGCAUCGCAUUGAGACGCUGCAUCUUCCAUUCUCGGACCGGGCGAUUCUGUUUGCUGCAGCCGAGCUUUGGCCGAAAGGACUUCUAGAUCUUUACAGAACAGGAUAUUUUCUGUGUCCUUCCCUGCUCUGCUCAUGCCUACCACAGGAAUAGGACUUCCUAAUUAUUUGCUGAAAGAAUUAAAGAAUAAGCCAGACCUGAAAUAAACUUCCAGUACCUACAGUAAAUGAAAUAGAAGAGGACUCCAUAUAACCCUGUAUUAAGAGGAAUGGAGAUUGCCUCUGUCCACUUAGAUUCAUAAGCUGUCCCGAAGUGAUCUUGGCAUCAGGGAAGGGAGUGUUCAGGCACAUUUCACCAUCAGCAUCACGGGAUGGCAGCCAUUGAUUUGUCCCAUGGUCUUCUUUCUAGAGAGCCUGUCUACAUCUAUGAAGAAAAUACAGAGGAGGAAGAGACGGUGACUGACAACCAGGCAAAUUGUUACCAGGAUUCAGUGACCUUUGAUGAUGUGGCUGUGGAGUUCACCCCAGAUGAGUGGACGUUACUGGACCUGACUCAGAGAAACCUAUACAGAGAGGUGAUGCUAGAGAACUACGAAAACUUGACCUCAGUAGGAUGUCAGUUCUUCAUUCCUAGUCCGACCCCCUGGUUAAAACAAGAAGAGUUGGAGACAGUGGAAAGCGCAGUUCCUCAACAAUUGGAAUUGCAACCUAGAAUUGAUGAUACAGAGCUUCCGAAUUAUUUUAAGAUGCAAAGUUCCAGUGCAAUAGAAAUGGUGGGUGAUUCAUCCCUUCCUCAACAGUCAGAAAACCAUAAUGAGGGGGACCUAUGUGACUCUAAGCCAUGUGGAGAAGUGUUGGGGGAACAAUUAUGCCUUAACACAGAGGUGAGCAUGCAGAGCCAAGGAUACAGUUCUGAGUGUAACUGGUAUGGGAAAGACAUUCUUUCUUUCCUCAAGGAAACCUCUACUGGACAGAACGUUUCUGAUCUUAAUCAGUGUGGGAAAAUCUUCAGUCUGACUCCAAACAUCAUGUACCCGAGCACUAGCACAAAUGAGAAGCCCUUUGAAUGCACAGACUGUGAGACAGCCUUUUUUAAUCCGUCGUACUUUCAGACAGAUUUGAGGCCUCACAAUGGAGGAGAGCCCUAUGACUGGAAUAAAUAUGGGAAUGGUUUUAUUCACCCCACAAGCUUUGCUAUGCAUCUUCCAAUUCUCAAUGCAAGAAACCCCUACAAGUUUGAGGAGUGUGGAAAGGACUUUCAGUAUUUUGCAUGCCUUAAUAAUCCCAUGGGAAUGUGCACUGGAGAUAAGUUCUGUGACUGCAAGGAAUGUUGGAAAGCCUUCACGGUUUCCUCACACCUAACUCAGUAUGUCUCAAUUCAUACUGAAGAAAAAUCCAAAGUAUGUAAGAUAUGUGGGAAGUCCUUUGCUAAUUUUUCUCGACUUUCUGCACAUGUAAAAACUCACAAUGAAGAAAAGCCCUUUGUAUGCAAGGAGUGUGGAAAGGCCUUUAAAAAUAUGUCAUACCUUAAUGAUCACGUUAGAAUUCACACUGGAAUAAAAUCAUACAAAUGUAUGGAAUGUGGGAAAGCCUUCCUUCGAUGGUCAGGCCUUACUGAACACAUAAGAGUUCACACUGGGGAAAAGCCUUACGAAUGUAAGGAAUGUGGAAAAACCUUUUCUAGAUCUACUCAGCUUACUGAACAUAUAAGAACACACACUGGAAUCAAACCUUAUGAAUGUAAGGAGUGUGGGAAAGCCUUCACUCAGUACUCAGGCCUUGCCACACAUGUACGAAUUCAUAGUGGAGAGAAGCCCUUUGAAUGUAAGGAAUGUGGGAAGGCCUUUACCAGGACCUCUGGCCUGAUUCAUCAUGUGAGAACUCACACAGGAGAGAAGCCUUUUGAAUGUGUUCAUUGUGGGAAAACCUUUAUAACUUCCUCCCAUCGCACAAAACAUCUGAAAAUUCACAGUGGCGAAAAGCCCUUUGUGUGUAAUAUAUGUGGGAAAGCAUUUAUAUAUUCCACAUCCCUUAACAUUCACAUGCGAACCCAUACUGGAGAGAAGCCCUAUAUAUGUAAGCAGUGUGGGAAAGCAUUCGCUGUUUACUCACGUCUAAGGAAACAUAGCAGAGUCCACACUGAAGAGAAGCCCUAUCAAUGUGAGGGUAUGAGUGUUGCUAUUUAGCCCAUCUGUUGCCACCUUUAAAUAUUGACAGUGACACCAAAGAUCAUCAAAUUAGUCUUAUCUGCUUUGUGUGGGUUAUAAUGGCUCACACUGGCCUUAGACACCAUCCUAAUUUUGUGAAACAGGAUUAUUUAGUUGUCCCUCAAACUUUCUUUUGGGCAGUGCUGAGGAUUGGCCUUGAAAAUCACACAUGCUAGGCAAGCACUCAAUCACUGAGCUACAUCCCUGGAACCUUUUCAUGGAUAUCAGAGUCUGAAUAUUUGUGGGUCAUAAAUGAGGCCAGUAUACAAGAUGGCCUCAUUCUGAUGCUUUACUCUUAGUGAUUAUAACAUUUCUAAAUGCUAUAAAAUAAUGAAACAGAUUUGAUCCUUUUGUUUAGUGGCUGCCAGUGUGUCUUGUUAAUGUGAAAAUUCACCACAAGCCAAAAUAAUAUAGGACACAGGUGGUUUGUGGAAAGACAUAAUCCAGGCAACUAUUCUGACCCCAUUGAUUCCAAUAAGCAUACCAAGAAACAUCCCUAUCUGUUCUUAGUAGCUGUUCUAUCGACAGAUGUUAUCUCUGUGUUCCUUUAUAAAAUUCAAAAAGUGCAUUCCAUCCCACCUUUUGGGAUCUAUUUUGGAUUGAAUUGGCAGUAACUUUGUUCAUAUUUCCAAUGUCCGUUCCUCAGUUUGGUUGAGAUUGAUCUGUGCAUUGAACUGAGUGUUGUAAAUGCUAGGUAAGUAUUCUGCCACUAAGCUAGAUCCCUAGCUGGCUCUUAGUCUUUUUUAUACAAACUUCUCAGUUAUUGUAAUGUGGAUUGGCUGAGAGUUUUUCAAGGUACAGUUCUCUUUUGUUGAACAAUUCCUUCUUAGCUUCAGUAGUUUCCCCUUUCAUAUUUUACUAAAAAGCACUCAAGAGGAACCAAGUUGCUCCUUUUGAACACUUUAAUUACAGCUCUUACAUACAUUUCUUAUAUUAUCACUCUCAAGUUCUAACUUCCACACAAAAUGCAAGGUUCAUGACCAUUACAUAUCACUGAUUGCUUUUUCUUCAUGUUCUAGUAACAUGUUCUUCCUUCUUAAGGGAGCCCUCACCAGAAUAGUGUCUACCUAUCACUCAGUUUCAAAGUUACUUGCAUCUGUUUAAGUGUUCUUUUACUGCAGUACCCAGGACCACAAAACACCAUAGCCAGCACUGGCAAAAUGGCUUAAAUCAAAUCAGGAACUGAGGUCAGUCCCAGGUACCUCCAUAGUAAAGGGACAGGAUGGACUGCUACAAGUUGUCCUCUACUUUACAUGCAUACCACAGCUUGCACACACACUUAGUGUACCACCAUAAAUAUAACAACAACAACAAAACUAAGUUGUUUUGGGUUAGCAUAGUAUUGGGUUCCAUUAUGACAUUUUCAUAUUUAUAUGUUAUUGUACUCUAUUCUCAUUAGCUUACCACUUUUUGGAUAGAAUUUAGGGCUGUGGGUUUAGCUCAGUGGUAAUAGUCCUUGCCUAGCAUAUGCAGAACUAGUUUUUAUCUCCAGCCCUGGACAGAUAAUAUACAGCAAUUUACUUUCUCAUACAAGAAAACAGCAUGGGAGCUAGUGAAAUGGUUCUGAGGGGAAAGCUCUUGCCAUGCAAACAUGAGGACCAGAUUUGGAUCCUCAGAACCCAUCUAACUGCCAGGUGGGCAUGGAGGCCCUCCUGUCAUCCCAAUGCUUGGGAAGCAAGAUGGGAAUCCUCAGGUGAUUUGAGUAGCUAGGUUACUUGAAUCCAUGAGCUCUGAGUUCAGCAAGAGACCCUGCUUUGAUAAAUAGAGUGGAAAGUGAUUGGGGACACCUGAUAUUAUCUUUUGGCUUCCACAUGCCGUGUGCAAAUGUGUAUCACAUACCAGCCUGCGUAUAUACACACAUUAAAAAAAAUAACAGCAUGUUUGACUUCUGCUGCAGACUUUUACUGGCAUGCAGUCUCUUUCACAUGACAAAGCCUGAAAAUGAGGUUUUCUUUCUCUUCUGAUAAAAUCAUAGCCUUGUUGGGUGAGGUUUCCACUCAUUGUCCUUGCCUAACAAAUGGAAUUCUAAAGACCCUACCUGGACAAUCAUGCUGUGGGUUAGAUUUAACCUGAAUUUGAGAGGGUCAUCAGUUCAGUACAUGUAUGUAUAGAUUCUUUUGGUUUCCUAGACAGGUAGUCAUACCUGUAGAUAAUGACUUUUUUUCUAUUUUAGUUGUUACUUUUACAGAAAUGAGUAUGAUGUCCAGCACACUAGUCAAAGUAGUAAAAGCGUAUUUUUCUUUAGAAUUAUAAUGAGGUAUGCUCUCCAUCAUACUGAUUCGCUUAUUAGAUAGUUUUUUUUUUAAUAUCUGGAUUUUACAUAAUGAUUUUAUAGUAUAUCUUUAUUGGUGAAGUAAAAUUCCUCUUGGAUUCAUUCAUUGCUUUCCCUGUAUCUUCUGUGAUGACUUGUACUCAUUUGCUGGUAAGACUAAAGUACCUAGGAUUUCCUUGGUCCGUAAUACCUAAUAAAUACUGGAAUGAGUAAAAGGACUCUAAAAUAAAAGCAGUCAUUUAUUAAUGAUGAUUAUAUAUUAGUUGUCUCAUCUUAACCUUAAAUUCCUAGAUAUAUUCAACUUGGACAUUAAGGAUCAUUUUUGUUUUGUGUGAUUGCUGAGGAUCAAACAAACCCAGGAUUAGGCAGGCACUCUGCCACUGAGCUACAAUCUUGAGACAAAUGGAUCCUUUUUACUACUUAGUGUUGAUUAUGUUUACUCACAUAAAGCUUAUCAUAGAUAAUCUUGAGUAACAUUGACGUGUAAGUUUUCCUUGUGCAAGAAGGAAUGGAGCAGGGGAUAGGUAGAGUUUCUGUUUAUCAAUCAAUGUACAAGAUCCUGGUUUCAAUCCUCAGCACCACCAAAACAAAUUUUUAAAAUGAAUUGACUGGUUUUUAGCUGUAGAUUAGAACAGUGUCAUAUACUACAAUUAAGUGUAUUCCUCACUUUUCUAAAUUCUUAACCUGUUCAGUUAUCCUGAUCUAGAAUAGUUGAUACUGUUUUGGGUACCUUAUCUUAAACUGUUCGAUAUCUUUUAUGUUUAUAGGACACCUAAUAUUUACAAUAUCAUUUAAAAUUUUUGAGUAUAUUUUUCUAGGCAUGCUUUCAUUUUCACAUACAAAGCAAAAAUUUAUUUUUUUCUUAUAUUCCUAAUAUUUCCUGGUUGUAUAAUUAAAUUUACUUUGGGUCUGUCUUGCAUUCUGCAAUGAUUUCUUCUUGUAUUUCCAUUGAGUUGAUCUUGAAAGUAUCCAGUAUUCUUUCAGUGAGUAUCUGUCUCAAAAGCAGAGUGUGUUACCACCCACUUAGAGAUUGGAAGCCAAGUCGGGAGGGUCACAGAUUUAAGGGUAGCCUGAACCUGGGCUACUUCGUGAGACACUGUCUUAAAAAGAUAAAAACCAAAAUAAAACAGAAAAACAAACAAACAAACAAACACAAAUGCACCCAAAGGUGGAGUUGGGGGCCUGGUUAAUGAUUUGGGAGGGAAAAAUCAUCUUGAAAUAUUUAAACUUUCUUAUAUAGUUUUUAUUCCAUUCACUCUGGUAGGUAUUUACAUGGCUCUCUCUUUCUCUCUCUCUCUCUAUAUAUAUAUAAGCUUUCUUUUUGUAUCCUUAGUUAAAAAAUUUUUUUUUGUUGGGGGGGGGUGCUAGGAUUCAAACUUAGGGCUUUACACAUGCUAACCACUGACUUAUAACCCAGCUGUAGAUGUGUCUUUUAUACAUACUUUAGUUGGAGUUUUAAAACUCUGAAUACUUGAAAAAUCCUGAUUAACAAUUGUUUUAGACCAUUAUGUAUAAUGCAAUGAGUAACAAAUUGGAUUUUUAGCAACUUGGUUUUUUUUUUUCUUCUGUAUUUGUUGCAUGUACCUUCUCUUUGUAAUGAUAUUUUUAUUGAAAUUUUGCCCAGUGCUUGAAAUCUAUGUACUCCAUUUACUUUUAUUUUAGUUGCUAUUCUAAAACAUUAAAUCCAGUUUUAAAAUAAAAUCUGUUAAUAUCGUUUCUUUCUACCGGAGUAGACUAGACAAUUUGCAUACAGAUUCCCAUCAUUGACUUCCUGAGUGAGCAUCACAAUUGCAGAGACCGAGAAGGGAAUGCACCAUCAUACUGACAUAGAAGAAACUCAAAGGAACAGUGGAUGUUGUAGAGGAUUUAAUAUAUUUGCUGAGGAGAUGCUAAAUCACACAAAGUAGAACUUAGCCAAGGAAGUGCUGCCCCCCUCCUCCCCGCCCCCCAGUACCCCAAACUUAGUAGUGUGCUACUCAAGCCUGGUAGAGGUAAGCAAAUUCAUGAUUCAUGAUGUAAAUGUUUGUUCACAGGCCUGACUGGUCAGCCAUUAGUCUCAUCCCCAAAGAACAUGCCUUUAACAGGCAGCUCCAGGGGGCAGCGCAGGGUCACAAUGGAUGUUAAAUCCUGGCCUGCUGUAAAUUCCCAGUUCUUUUCUUGAGAAAAGCAUAAUUCUGUUGAAAGGGCAAUAUGACCCUGGGUCACAUCUGUUUGAAAAGAGCAGCACUGGUGUACUUAAAUAAUUUUGGCAAUGUUUUUGCUUUGUGAAUCAUCUCUCUGUCCAGGUGGCUAGACUUGCAGUCUCCUGUCUCUGUUUAUAAAUGUUAAAAGUGUAAGCUGGGACCUAAAAGAUUUAAGGAUGACUGUGUGUAAAAUGCAUAACCCUAAGGUGUAUAUAAGUUAGCAAAAUUUUCUAUUUAAGGCCAGCUCUUAUUGGCGCGUUAGCCCCAUUUGGCAGUGUGCUUAAUAAAGAGCUUUUCCUUCCGUU